AUGCGGCCCUUUUCAGAUUCUGAGUGCGGGCAGCAGGAGAUAUUUCAUUUCCCAGAUAAUGACAACCUAUACUCAUCGCCUACUCCUACUCCUUUCCUCUUUGAAGAGAGUCAACUGAGGGAUGCAGGGGGCAAUCCACGAUGUGCAGUGAAAGCAGCCCACGUGCUUUCAGAGAUAGCCAAAAAUGAGGAAAUGAAGAAACCAUGUAUUGAAGCAGAUUUGGUGCCAAUAUUGAUACCUCUGCUGGAGAGCAGAGACCAAGAAAUGUUGCUUCACACUGGGAGGGCUAUUGGCCGUAUCUGUUAUGACAAUCGUGACCUUCAGGAAGAGCUGGUGAAGGUUGGAGUAAUCCCAUCACUAGUCCGAAUAUUAACUGACUAUGAAGAGAGUGAACCACUUGUCCAUGUUGCUCUACUGGCCUUAUACAAUCUUGCAGACCUUGAUACAGCUAAGGAAGCUCUAAGCAAGACAAAUGUUGCUGAACAACUGGUGAAACACCUGAGAAGAGCAGCGAACCAUGAAAGGUUAGAAAUUGUCUUUGAGGUCCUGCAAGCACUUGCAGAAAAUGAUGCUCUGAAAGUGCAGUUGGUGGAGGCAGGAGUGCCAGAGGUGCUGUCCGAGAUCCUGCUGAGGCUCCAAGGUAGUUCACAAGCUGAAGACACAUGCAUUGUGAAGGCUGCAUCAGAUCUCAUUGUCUCUCUGCUUCUUGGAGACAAAUACAUACAGAAGAUUUUUGCUAAAGGCUCUCUCAAGCUAAGCAUUACCAGAAGGUGCCUCAGCAUCAGUUCAUGGGUAGCUGAUGCCCACUCAUCUCAAGAGUUGAAGGUUGCAAAAAACAAUGCAAAAGCUUUAGUCUCGAUCUUAUCCAGAGAUGAAAACAGUCAAGGCAAAGGCUCCCCGAGUUCUCAGUUUGCAUCAUUUACUUCUAUCGUUGAGUUUUUUACCUCUCUCACCUGCUUGGCUUUGCCUCUUUCUUCAGAUGGCAACUGUUUACGGAUGGUACAGCUGGGAGUCAUCCAUCAGCUCCUGGAUCUGCUGGAGAAGCAUGUACAGAGCGGGGACACCUCCGUUCAACACGCUGCACUCAGUGCACUUCAAAACCUUGCUAUACCAGUUGUUAGCAAGGUUCAAAUGCUGGAGGAAGGUGUUGCAGAACGGAUUGAGGCACUUCUAAGAUCAGAGAGUCCUCCUGUGCAGUUUAAACUUCUUGGAACAUUACGGAUGUUAGCAGAUGGUCAAGCUGAUGCAGCUGAAAUCUUGGGCCAAGACCCCACGCUGCUCAACAGACUUGUGCAGUGGUGUGAUGUGAACAACCACACCGGCGUCCGUGGGGAAGCAAAUCGGCUGCUGGCAUCAAUCUUGCAUCACAACAGAUCCCAAGAAGUGGUCAAAGCCAUCCAGGAGGCACAAGGAGUGAAGCAUCUGGUUUCCAUGACAACAAGUGAAGAUGCUGCCACACAGAAUGAGGCUCUGAAUGCCUUGGCAGUAGCAUCUGCAAUCGAUUUAGAAACCCUUGAAGAAUCUUUUAAGGAAUCACAGCUAGUUCAAAGUUUACACAAACUUCUACAAGAUGAUAAUACAAGCCCCGAGGUGAAAUACAAUUCAAUUGGUCUUUUGUGCAGGCUUCUUAAUUCAGGUGAUCUGAGACAAGAAAUAGAGGAGGACAAGAUGAAAGAAACUCUGAAACAACUCUGCAGUCACAGCAAUGCAGAUGUGGUCAAGGCAGCUGUCACAACAUUACAGGUUUUGAGAGGAGAGACACCUCAAUAG